GAGCAUGGUGUGAACAUCGUGUCCACGGGCGGGGAGACUGCGGAUGUUGGCGAUCUCGUUCGGACCAUCAUUGUGGACUCGACCGUGACUGCGCGGGUGCGCCGCAGCGACAUCAUAGACAACAGCAACAUACAGGAGGGCGACGUGGUUGUAGGCCUGGCCUCGUUCGGACAGGCCACCUACGAGCGGGAGUACAACAGCGGCAUGGGCAGCAACGGGCUCACCGCGGCGCGGCACGACGUGUUCCGCAAG